AGGACAAGGAGAGAAGAGACGGAGAGUUUCUGAUCACAUGAAGAGUGUAUUUUUUUCUCUUAAAUCUAGAUUAGUACGUUGUCAAAGAGACUGGAAGUUGAAGAAGCAAAGAAGAGUUUGAAAAUACAUCCUCGCCAAGCAGCCUCCUUGAUUUUUUAAAUAAUAAUAUUGCAUAACGGAAUACGGAGAGAAGAGGAGAGUUUUCUUUCCUUUAAAGAAAAGUAUUGAUCUCUCCAUUCUUUAGGGUGUAGUUUUAUAUUCAACACUGAAAAAGUAUAUGUAACCGUCAAAUGGAAGCACUAGGAAAUGGGAAUUCUCGAGUAAUAAUGAAGAUGAUAAUGAAGAAUGUGUUGAAUGAGAGUUUUUGGAGUGAUAUGGAUUACCUUAGAGCUUCAAAGAUUGAUGGUUGGUUCUAUUCUGUUUCUAAGACACUCGCAGAAAAAGCAGUGCUUGAAUUUGGGAAAGAGAAGGGAUUGGAUGUUGUGACUUUGGUUCCAACCUUUGUUAUUGGACCUUGGAAAAGUAUAGGUGACAAAGGUCCAUUUGGUUCGCUCCUUCAGGCUCCUAUGGUGCAUGUGGAUGAUGUGGCUAGAGCCCAUAUAUUUCUACUUGAACAUCCUAAUCCAAAAGGGAGGUAUAAUUGUUCAGCAUCUUUGGUUACUGUUGAAACAGUAUCCCAAGUUUCUUCUAAAUAUCCGGAAUUCAGCUGUCAACACUAGAGUCCAGUUUUGUUACAUUUCUCUAUGUUCUUUUGGUUUACACAUGAAAUAGACAUGCAUAAAUAUAACUCAAUUAGUUGUAUGUUCUUGCAUUGCAGCAAGUAAAUUGAAGCAAAUUAAAGGUGCCAAGUUACGAAAUUUAUCAUCAAGGAAACUCCCAGAUUCUGGAUUUGUAUUCAAGCUAAGUAUGGACUUGACGAAAUGGUUGAUGAUGCAAUUCGACCUUGGAAAGAAAAGGGUUAGAUGUGAGGUUGUUUAUUUAUG